CAAACACUUCCUAAAAAUAUAUAAAAUAAAGGAAAAUCGUUUGAGAACAUAGAUUUAUUACAUAUAGACGAGGGUACUUACUACUUAUCAAAAAAUAUAUUACUAGUUGCCAAAAUGGUUCAUGCGUUACCUUCUGUUUUGGUAUUCCUUUGCUUAGUGGCUGGAGGAUUUGCCACCAGGGCUUGCUACCAAUGCAAUUCUUACACCGACCGUGACCACACAGCCUGUGUGGAUCCCAUGAGUCCAUAUCCUUAUGUGAACUACACCUUUUGUCCAGACACUUACCUUUGUACUCGUGUAUCAUAUAUUACUCAAAAACAAUAUGUGGUGUCAAGAGGAUGUGACCCAGCAGGCAAUACUUGCAACAACAUUUACCAGACCUUAUACGCUUACUAUCCAGACAUUUCCAGUUUUAAUUGUUAUACAUGCUCUGCCAACUACUGCAACGGUGCCUCUGGUUUAAAAUACACAACCGAAGAAAUGGAGGUCAGCGAAAACGAUAUCAGACAACCAGCAAAUUUAAAAAGGAGCGUUGAAAGGAUACAAGUCCCGGUUCUUACUGUGAAUGACGAAGAAGAAUAGAUCUUAAUUUGAAAUUUUGUUAAGUUAAAAGAGGUUUUAUUUUCAAUAAAUAUUACUAACUAA